CGCCUUGCCUGCGCCUUGUAAUUCCUCUUAACAUGGCAAACAUCAUCCCAACCCGAGGGCGGCCUUCAUUCGCAAGGCCCACCUCUCUACCUAUCCACUGGCACUUGUUGUCAACAUGACUUCGUCGCCAGAGUCUUUGAAAUGGUCCGCCCAGUUACAAGUCACAGAAUCAAGCCGCCGAUUGACAGGCGAUAAGAUCACACUCCCCCAGUCCGCCCUUGAACAACUUCUGGCUGCCGCACCGGUUGUGUCCAUCGAGAACGGACGAUCGAGAAAUAAUUACACCUCCACCUUCGAUCCCUUUAACCCCUAUACUUUCGCCGCAGAGCGUCAAGCUCGCCAGGCCGCCCAAGAGCGACAACCCCAACUGCCCCAUCCCCUCACAUUUCGCUUGGUCAACCCUCGCAAUGGCAGGGCUGUCUAUGCAGGAAUUCGCGAAUUCUCGGCAGAAGAGAAUCAGAUCGGGCUCAGUCCGGGCUUGAAGGAAGCCCUUGGUCUGACCACCAAAUCCGAAACACCUUCAAUUUCCAGUCGUCAAGGCACCCCGGCCGGUGACGUUGCGAUGGCGGAUACGGUCGAUGCCAUCACUGUCCACGCCAAACAAUUACCAAAGGGUACAUAUGUCAAACUCCGGCCACUGGAGGCAGGCUAUGACCCUGAAGACUGGAAAAGCCUCCUUGAACGCCACCUCCGUGACAAUUUCACAACUCUUACCAAUGGCGAGGUCCUGCUCGUCCCAGGCCUGCACCAGGAAAAGUUUCGGUUUCUGGUAGAUAAGCUCGAACCAUCAGGCGACGGCAUCUGCAUUGUGGAUACGGAUCUCGAGGUGGACAUCGAACCUCUAACAGAAGAACAGGCUCGUGAGACGAUGAACCAGAAGCUUGCCAAGAUCAAGCAAACACGUUCGUUAAUCGAAGGCAAUUCUUCUGGGGGCUCGCUCGAGGUCGGGCAAGAGGUGCAAGGCCAUGUUCUUCCAGGCAGCUAUAUCGACUACCAACUCAAAACCUGGGAUCAUGGUCAGGACUUGGUGGUGACUCUUUCAUCAGAUAACAGCCAUCCUUCACUAGAUGUCCUAGUGGCUCCUUUGUCCUCUCGCCACCGAGCGCAACCUCGUUUAGACUAUUUUGUCUAUGGUGAUCUCAGCGAACGACCUUCCAAGAAACUCAAACUGGCACACACCAGCACAGACCUGAAGGAUGCAGAACUUCUUAACAUCACAGUCCACGCCUGGUCAGACCCUGAGACAGAGUCAGAUACUGGAGCAGCGGCAGUACCUUACUCGAUCCAGGUUAGCAGUGGCGGAGACCAUGUCAGUACCACGACGGAAGCAGAUUCGGAAGCUACAAUAACAUCAGACGAAGUCAUAUGCAAAAACUGCCGCCAAAUUGUCCCAAAACGGACGCUCCAUCUCCAUGAGGCAUUUUGCUACCGGAACAACAUUGUCUGCGAAAAAUGUUCAAACGUCUUCCUUAAAAACUCGGACACCUGGAGAAACCACUGGCAUUGCCCACAUGACAAUGAAUAUGGAGAUGAUGCGCAAUCCCAAAAGAAGCAUAAUUCGAUCUUCCACCCAUCUAAUCAUAUCCGGUGUUCGCUCUGCGACUUUGACGCAUUCGACACACCGACGCUUGCACAUCACAAGACCACAGAUUGUCCUGGGAAAGAGAUCCUAUGCUGUUACUGCCAUUUGAUCGUCCCACAACAAGGCCCCGACGAUCCUUCGUUCAGAGACCCCGAGGUUAUCCUAGCUGAACUCACGCCGCAUGAGGUUUCUGACGGUGCCAGAACAACCGAAUGUCACAUAUGCUCUAAAAUUGUCAGGCAAAGAGACAUGAAGAUACACCUUAGUUUCCAUGGUCGUGAGUUUUUGGUCAAAGGGGCACCCCGUCUGUGCAGUAACAAAUUAUGUGGUCGGAGAAUCAUUUAUGAUCAGGAUCCGAAAGCUUUGACGGAGCAUUUGGGCCUCUGCAAUGAAUGUUUUGGCCCGUUAUACGUUAGUACCUAUGACCCAGCCGGCAAACUGCUCAGAAGAAGAGUCGAAAGACGACUACUCCAGCAGCUGAUUGGUGGCUGCGGCAAGAAGUGGUGUACCAAUGCCGAACUCUGUAAGACAGGAUACCAGAAUGUCACUGGUAAGGAUCGCGUCAUUACUGCCAAAGACGGGUUGCCAUUGCUACAGCCUAUCAUGAAGCAGUUGGCACAGGACGAUACAAGUGGACUGUCUUUCUGUGUUGACGAAGCGAGCCAGAAUAAAAGGGCGGUUGCUGAGAUGCUGGCGGCUGAAGGGCUCUAUGAUCUCAACUGGUGCAUACAGGCUUUGGAGGAGUCGAGGGGAAAUCCCAGUGUUGCCAGAGAUUGGCUCAUUGCUGCGGCGCCCAAGAUUGGCGAGAGCUAGCAAUACGGUAUGCCUUGCUCCGAUAGCCCUAGUCACGACCAAAAUAUAUAGCAUGUACGCAUUGAGUAUACAGACAAGCCACAGCGGCGUUCGGUGACUCAGCUAUAAGUCAUAAACGAGUUCUUCCAAAAGUAGAAGUGCGGGAAUGACAACCGAUGAAGUUCGUCUGAGAAGCUUGGUUCUUUGAAGGCGCGCUUACACAAGCAAAGGGUUUCAUGUAAUCCCUCUACCCAAGCAUUGUCAAUCAAUUCGGCGACUCUCCUGGGAAUCAAACCAUGGGUACUAUCCGAUGAACGGCAACCGCUCCUUUAGUCUGCUCUCCUCUAUCUUUAUUGACUUUGCCAUGUUUGUACACUGUCUUCCGUGUUCCUUUGUCUUUAGAGAAAGCAAGUGAAGUACUAGGUAUCUAGUUUAACAUGCCGUUGAGGAUGAUCCAAGACUUUCUCACCAAAUCACGUCUUACAAGGGAGGAUAGCUGAGUACCGCCAAGGGAGGCAAGUUCCAUUUCUGGCUUGGGUUGAGAGCUUGAUGAUCCCAGAUGUGACGGGCCAAACCAAGUACUUAGACUUUUACCCAUGCACCCAUGCCAGCAGCUUUAAAGACUGGGCACCCUUAGGUGUCACGGGCAUAUAGGGCCCGUUGGUAUAACAGUUUACUCCAUAGCAAUGCGUUAACGCACGGGCGGUCACCCGCCCACCAU